AAGUUAGUCACGUGACCAGACAAGUGUGCUUACGUAAGCAAAUUUUGUGAACAAUCUCGAAAAUCCGGGUAAGCCCCGGACGCACUGAGAAAAUACUCGUUCGGAGUCUCAUGGCAAUGUUACCAGUUCAAAAUUUUGCGGGUGAUAAUGAAAGUGACGAAGGUAUCGAUACAAGGGAGCCACCGUCAAAAGUCUUAAUUACCCUCUCAAUUGUACCUAAUGAUCCUAUGAUACGCCUGGAAGACCUCAACUUGCAAAUAAGAAGACUAGAGAUUGAUGGUGUACAAUGGAAAGAAUUUGUGAAUGAACAAACUUACCAAGGAACGAUACCUAGAUUAAUCGUAAAAUGCUUGAUAGACGAUUCUAUUACUAACGAGCAAUUAAUUGACGAAAUACGAGCAUUGGAAGAUUACGUCGAAGAAGCCUAUGUGAUGAAACGAGCGUACCAGCCAGCUUCGUAA